AUGGAAGACGAUAAAACAAAGAAAAAACCUGCAUUCGAAAUGCCUCCACCACCCAAACCGCUUUCAUUCGAAAUGCCGAAACCACCAGUGCUCCAGCCGAAUGUCGCCGCGAUCCUUAAGAAAACUAACAAUGGAAAGACGGAAAAUGUUGUUAAACCUAAUGCGAAUCUACCAUUCAAUCCACCAGUACCUCCUGUUUUCAACCCCACUCCGAAUCCAUUUGCACCCAGACCAAAAUCAGUUUCACCAAAUCCUAGUUCUCUCAGCAAAUCUGAAAAUGAUGAGAUUCCAAAAACAGCAACUGGGGAUACAGAUGUGACCCCGAACGCUGUGAAUUCUGAAAACAAAUCACCGGCAACGACAGAGGAUUCUGGGAGAAAACUGGAUAAGAAAGUAGUUCAAGAAACAAUCGAACCAGCUUUGAACGCACCGGCGAAAUCUGAAAAACCGACGACACUGAAUACAACUGCUCCGACUACUGAAAUUCCAAUCACUCCAAUGGUCGAAGAAACAAAAAAUAUAACUUCCCCCGCAACAGUUGAAGUAUCUAAUCACACCGAGAAUGUGAAAUCGGUUGGUACAGAUUCCAGUAAUGUCUUCACAGAUAAAAUAGAUAUGAGCGGAGGAUUAAUGAGCUGGUUAACGAAAACAGUAACGGAGAGCAAACUUUUGAGUGACGUAGCAGAAAAGGCAAAAGCUGGAGUGGAAACUGUUAUGACAACUCUUGAUCCAGGAAUGAAACCAUUUUUAGCCGAACACGGAGUUAUUGAAUUUGCUCUUUUCAAUUGCGACGCUGACGUACUAACAGUUGCCUCUGAUGCCUUCACCCGUUCUGGAGCUAUGGCUAUUUGUAGAGGUCUGUCGUUCGAUGAAACUGCCGUCAUUUUCAACUUUCGACCAUUGGUUAAUGGCGAGCAAAACGCUCGGAAGCUUUGUGAAGUGAAAAUUGAAGCAGCACGAAAAACAAAGAAGGCAAAAGAGGAUGCCGCGGUGGUAGUGACUCAACCAUUUUUGUUGAAAAUCGGAGGAAGAUAUUAUUACACAUGUAAAGUAAUGUUGAAUCAUGGAUCAACCUACUUUGACGCCAUUUCACAGCUUUUGGAGGUUCCUGAAACUAUUGUGGAAGCAAUCCAAAGAUCAGCUAAAUCAGAAGGUCUACCUGACGAUGAGUUCUCAAUUAGUGUGACACAAGCAAUAAAAAAUAUCUAUAAAACUUCUGUGUCUACUUGGGAACCAGGUUGCCUCGCUCCUUACGACUCCAAGGAACUGCUAUCUGUUGCUUUUUCAUCUGUUUCGCAACAACUUUUGCGAAAUUUGGCCCCAGUUAACUGA